AUGACGUUACCGGUGCCGGUCACCGGUGGCCGGGGGGAUCAACAUGAUGGAGAAGCCUCACGACGACAGCUUCCCGUUGACGACGAUGAUGAUGAUACGGGCGCAUUUUACACCCUUCCCAUCAUCCACUCGACGAAGCGUGGCGUCUUCAGUCGACAGAUCGAGGUCGAGCUUGCCAACCGUUCUGAUGUUGCCUAUUACGCGCAGCUCAACAUUGGCACACCACCUCAGCCGGUCUACGCGCAACUUGACACGGGCUCGUUCGAGCUCUGGGUCAACCCUGACUGCACCGUGCUGCGUCCGGCGGACCAGCGCUUCUGUCAAGCCGUGGGUGUCUAUGAUCCAGCCCGCUCAUCGUCAUCGUCCCUCCUUUCCUCAACGGCCUCCCUUCGCUAUGGCAUCGGCACGGCCAACAUCAGCUACGUUCGUGAUGACGUCUCUUUUGCCGGAUCACCAGUUCUCUCUCACGUACGUUUCGGCAUGGCUACGGCUACAACAGAUCAGUUCGCCGGCAUCCUCGGCCUCGGUCACGGCAAAAACUACACAGUCACCUACCCGAACAUGAUGGAUGAGCUUGUCGCUCAGGGCGCCAUUCGCACAAAGGCCUACUCACUCGCUCUCGGCUCCAAGACGGAACAGCAGGGCCUCCUUGUCCUUGGCGGCAUCGACACGGCAAAGUACUCAGGUCACCUCGCGGCGCUGCCCGUGAUUCCCGCCCAGCAGGCCCCCGACAGGGUCGCCCGCUUCUGGGUCAACCUCAGGUCCCUCGCCCUGACGCCCCCGAGCGGCGUCACCCGCGCCCCCUACGUCGCCGCCGCCGGCCUCCCCGUCUUCCUCGACAGCGGCGCCACCAUGACCCUUCUGCCACGCGCCCUCGCCGACGCCAUCGCCGCCGACUUUGGCGCCCCGCCCUCGAGCUCGCCUGAUGACCCCGAGACGAGCCACACCUUCUACGAGGUCGACUGCAGCAUGGCCGACGCCCCCGGCACCCUCGACUUCUCCUUCGGCAGGAGCCUCACCAUCCGCGUGCCCUACGCCGAAAUGGUGCGCCGCACGCGCGCCGACCCGCCGCGCUGCGUCCUGGGCUUCGUGCCCGACGACGACUUUGCCCUGCUCGGCGACACGUUCCUGCGCUCCGCCUACGCCGUCUUCGACCUCGAGUCCGACGUCGUCUACAUGGCGCAGUACCGAAACUGCGGCGAGCGCCCGAUGGCCGUCCGAAGGGUCCAGGACAUUCACGCCAUUGUCGGCCUGUGCGAGGCGCCGGCUCGGCCGUCGCAGGCUGUGGCUGCGCCCGACACUGCGCCGACGGAGGCCGCGACGUUUGCGUCCGGGCCGGUUCCGGGUCUUGUGGAUGUUUCUGCGGCCGCCGGCUUGUCAUUAUCUAGGGCUUGGGUCUGGAGCAUAGCGUUUGCCAUGGUUCUGGUUCAUGUGGCGUGA